CUGAGUUUCUCAUCAUCCUAAUAACUAAAGGUUAAACUAUGUGUUUUGUUAUUCCCAUAAACCGACACGUUGCAGACAGCAUGUGUUAGACAUUGCCACCGACAUGCAACAGUUGCAACCACCAGCUCAGGUUACUAACGUGCGCAUCAUCAUCAUCAUCAAACUUGCUUACUUUACUUCGUUCCUUUUCUUCUUCAUAAUCUUCCAAAUUCUCCAUUGAACUUUGCACCAUUCAAUUCAACUUCUAGGGUUUACCAUAAAUCCCAAUUCUCACGUUCAAUUCUAAUGUGAAAUGAGACGCCGCCCUUUACCGGGCAUUCUCUCCAAUCAAAUGGAGAAAUCAACAAUCAAAACCCCCAAUUCACGUAUCUUCUUCCUCGCUUCUCUCUCUGCUUUUUUCUGGCUUUUACUCCUUUACUUCCAUUUCAUCAUCCUCCCCCAAUCCACCACCACCACCACCACCACCACCACACCACCCAGGAAGAAUUUCGGCUUCCCUGAUGUCAAAAACCAAAACCCAAUUCAAAUCCAUCAAAAAAAUUUAACCUUUAUCACAUCAUCACUUGAAACUGAUCCAUGUGUAGGUAGAUACAUUUAUGUUCAUGAUCUUCCUUCAAGGUUCAACCAAGACAUGUUAAGAGAUUGUAAAAGUUUAAGUCUUUGGACCAAUAUGUGUAAGUUUGUAACCAAUGCAGGUCUUGGUCCUCCGCUUGAGAAUGUCGAUGGAGUUUUCUCUGAUACUGGUUGGUAUGCUACUAAUCAGUUUGCAGUUGAUGUUAUUUUUGCUAAUAGAAUGAAACAAUAUGAAUGUUUGACUAAUGAUUCUUCAAUUGCUGCUGCUGUUUUUGUACCUUUUUAUGCUGGUUUUGAUAUUGCUAGAUAUCUUUGGGGUUAUAAUAUUUCUAUGAGAGAUGCUGCUUCUAUUGAUCUUGUUGACUGGCUUGUGAAGAGACCUGAAUGGAGUGUUAUGAAUGGGAGAGAUCAUUUUCUUGUUGCUGGUAGGAUAACUUGGGAUUUUAGGAGAUUGUCUGAGGAAGAAACGGAUUGGGGGAACAAGCUUUUGUUUUUACCUGCUGCUAAGAAUAUGUCUAUGCUUGUUGUUGAAUCUAGUCCUUGGAAUGCUAAUGAUUUUGGGAUUCCUUAUCCUACUUAUUUCCACCCUGCAAAAGAUGCAGAUGUGUUUGUUUGGCAGGAGAGGAUGAGAAGGUUGGAGAGGAAAUGGCUUUUCUCUUUUGCUGGUGCGCCGCGUCCUGAUAAUCCAAAAUCGAUUAGGGGUCAAAUAAUUGAGCAAUGUAGGAGUUCUAAAGUUGGGAAGCUUUUGGAGUGUGAUUUUGGGGAGAGUAAAUGUCAUUCUCCUAGUUCUAUAAUGCAGAUGUUUCAGGGGUCACUUUUUUGUCUUCAACCUCAGGGUGAUUCUUAUACAAGAAGAUCUGCUUUUGAUUCAAUGCUAGCAGGUUGUAUACCCGUGUUUUUCCAUCCGGGUUCGGCGUAUACGCAAUAUACUUGGCAUCUUCCUAAGGAUUAUACUAAGUAUUCUGUGUUCAUUCCUGAGGAUGAUAUUCGGAAGAGGAAUGUUAGUAUAGAGGAGAGGCUUAGUCAGAUACCUGAGGAGCAAGUGAGGAUUAUGAGAGAGGAGGUGAUUAGUCUCAUUCCUAGAUUAGUGUAUGCUGAUCCUCGUUCUAAGUUAGAGACUUUGAAAGAUGCUUUUGAUGUUUCUGUACAAGCGGUGAUUGAUAAGGUUACCAAUUUGAGGAAGGAUAUUAUCGAAGGUCGCACGGAUGAAAACUUCAUCGAGGAGAAUAGUUGGAAAUAUGCAUUGUUGGAUGAGGGACAGCGUGAGGUAGGACCUCAUGAAUGGGAUCCUUUCUUUUCUAAACCCAAGGAUGGAAAUGGGGAAUCCAGUGACUCCUCUGCUGAAGUUGCAAAAAAUUCUUGGAAAAAUGAACAAAGAACUCAAUCGUGAUUCGUGAUGGGGAGCUAAAAAACUUCAACUGCUGGCUGCAGGUUUCUGAAAUGACUUAGGGAACAAGAAUUACAGCUACAAAAGAAUUGAUGGAUCUUGCUAUCAACUUGCUGCAGAACUUGUACUUUCGAGCAGGCUUCAUUGUAAACCCCUAGCUUGGAGAGACAAUCACUGCUUGCUACAACAGUUUUGUUAUAUAAAUUCUUUCUGGUUUCUGCAUUUUGUAUUUUCCAUAGUGGUUUCUACUUUCUAGAUGUACUUUCCAAGGUCAAAUAAUUUUCCGCGAUGUGAUAUAAUUGUUCACUUGAUUCAUAUAGGAAAUAUAAACAAAUUUAUGGUUUAUGAUCAAUUGAAUUGGUCACUUGAAUGA